UUUUGCUGUGGGUAGUUGGGAGCAAAAAGAAAUAAUAAGCCGUGAUGGAUAAAUAAAGCUGCAGACUCCGAUCUUCUUUGCUUCGAUUGAUCAACGAAGUAAACGAGCUACUGGUGAAAGCGCUUGUACAAACUUGGUUGCUGUCAUAACUGAUUCGUUCCACUGCAAUCCUGAAGAUAUGCCUAUCAAAUCCCAACUUGAUUCUCUUAUCUGUGAAGGCUCGAUGCAGUGGAGGGAUCUUUGUGAAAAUGAGACCUAUAGGGAACGUUUCCCAGAUAAGCAUUUUGACCUCGAGACAGUUCUUGAGGCUAAAGUGCGUCCACUCUCAGUCGUCUUAGAAAAAUCAUUCAUUGGGUUCUUUCAUCCCGAAGGAAUCGAAGAAGAGGAAGGAUUCCACUUCCUUUAUGGUUCCAUGUCUUUUGACAACAUAUGGGACGAGAUUUCUAAGUCUGCUCAAGAAACUCCUCGUCAUGGCAUCUCUUGUGUUUACAUUGUGAGAUGGAAUGACCACUUCUUUAUCCUCAAGGUUGAAAAAGACGAGUACUAUAUCAUUGACACACUUGGGGAGAUGCUUUUUGAGGGUUGUAAUCAGGCAUAUAUCAUCAAAUUCGACCAUGAUACAACAAUUAUGCAAGCACCUAGUGAGUCUCAACAAUCAGAUGAUAAGCCAUCUUGCGAUAGAAAAGAGAAAACCAAUGUCAAAGAGGCUGCGGAUGAAAGCAAAAUUUUCAUGAGCACCAACAGCGACGACAGUAUGCAGGAAGACAAGCAAUCCCUAUUAGGGAGUUACAAGUUGAUGUAAAGAAAGGAUUGAUGGCAUAGACACCCCUUCAUCAGCGCCUACAAAUUGAGUUCCACUACACAAUGAGCUUUGUCCCCAAGUUUGAGGAUUCGUCUUCAGAAGAACUGAUUGCUAACAGUUUGGCCAAAGCACCAUCGACAGCAGCAGAAUAAGCAACGAUUGGUAAAGCUUUACGAGUAUAUACAUAGCGCUAAUCCUUUUUGUUCUACAUACCAUUUAGGAAUUUUGACCUGGAGAGUCUCUUCUUUGUUUUCACUCGUAUAUAUUCUUCUUCAUACUCAAGGAAUGCUAAUGCUAAUGUAAAUGACUAUGGAAC